AUGUUCCUGUAUGAUGAGGACCCUCUGAAGAUGGACAACCUGAUCUCCACCCUAAAGUUUGAUGUCAGCAGCCUGACUGCAGGGAAAAAGGAAUCCAAGGAAUUCAUCAUAGACCCUCGGGGUAAACUCUGGGUGGCCUUUGAGCUGCUGGAAAGUGAAUCACAAACAGUCCACAGUAGCUGUGUCAGUGGUAAAGAUGCUUUCACAGAAACAAGAAAAGGUUGGAGGAUGCGUGGAGCCAUGAGACCCAGCCAGGUAGCCAAAUGCAGCUGGCUGGGGGAGGGAGACAGAGGGUCUGAAUCUGACUGCUAUGUCAUUCUCUCCCUCCCCACUGCGACGGCAAGGAUCUGCCGCACAAAGACAGUGUCCAACAAUAACAGCCCAGAGUGGAAUGAAACCUUCUCCUUCAGGGUCCCCAGCCACGUGAAAAACAUUUUAGAGAUCAAGAUGUACGAUGAGGACAUGUUGGCACGCGAUGACCUGAUUUCUACGCUUAUGUUUGACAUCAGCAACCUCACAGUAGGGACGAAGGAGACCAAGGUCUUCAUCAUAAACCCUGAGACAGACGUCUCGCUGGAAAUAGAGUUUGAGCUGCUUCAGAGGGAGGACCCCCCGUGUGAAUAUCUCACUAAUGGCAUCCUUUUGGCUGCCCCGUUCUCUGCUGUCGACAUCGAUGUGGACAAACUACUAAGCAGUGAACGUUUUAGGGACAUGGUGGUGAAGCUGAGGGGCGCCUUUCAGGAGAGUAAAACACUUAUUGCAAAGGAAGCCGCCAAGCUGCGCUUCUUCGUCAACAGAGAGUUGGAGACAGAGCUGGAAGUGGCAACAUCUGAUUACUCGUUUGCUGGCAAUCCAAUCAAAUCUUCUGUAAAUGUCAAGCCACUACCAGCCAAACAUGCAGGCAAAUUGUCCCUUCUUAUUAAUCAGGACACAGUGGAUGUAAAUGUGGAAACACAUGAGUGUGAGGAGGAACCUCUUGCGGUUCGUCUGGACUUUGACAUCCCUCCUCAAGAGAAAGAGUUUCUGAAGAAGAGGAAAGUUGUGGUGGCACAGGCUUUGCAGAAGGUUUUGGGCCUUGGCUCACAACCAGAACCUGAAAAGGUGCCAACUAUAGCGGUGGUGGCUUCAGGGGGAGGGAGCAGAGCCAUGACCGGCCUGCUUGGUAGUCUGAGGGCCCUGAAGGAUAUAGGGUUCCUGGAUGCUGUCAGCUACAUCACUGGUGUUUCUGGAUCCACAUGGGCUAUGUCUGUUCUGUAUCAGGACGCUAACUGGUCACAGCAGGACAUAGACAGUACCAUCACAGCAGCGAAGAAACAGAUGACCAAGAGCUUUCUAAGUGUCUUCUGUCCUGAGAAACUGUGCUAUUACAGUGAGGAAAUGACAGAGAGGGCAAACGAAGGUUAUAUUGUGUCACUCAUUGACAUGGUGGGCCUGAUCUUUGAGCAUCUUGUCUUUGGGAAAAAAGUCAACAGCACCCUGUCUGAGCAGCAGUUGGCAGUGGAUGAAGGGCAAAACCCUUUACCUAUAUACACUGCUGUCAACAUGAAGGACAAGUUAUCAGGCUGUGAAUCUGAAGCUGAGUGGUGUGAGUUCACCCCCUAUGAGGUGGGCAUCCAGAAGUACGGGGCGUUUGUCCAAACUGAGGACUUUGGGAGUGAGUUCUUCCUCGGUCACAUCAUCAAGAGGCACACAGAAGUCCGCCUCCCAUAUCUGAUGGGAAUAUGGAGCAGUGCAUUUUCUAUCAACCUGACCCAGCUCUGGACGUUUGCCACUGGGUCCGAGCCUUCUUGGAGCCCCUGGCUUGGACCAGAUGUCAGCACAUUAGAGGUUGACACUGAACCAUCGACUCUGGACACAUACCUGAUAAAUCCACUCACCGAUAUCGCCUCCAUGUUGACUAAUUUCCUCAAAAGUCGUCCAGUCAUCGCUCAAAUGUACAAUUUCAUGCGUGGUCUCUUCCUGCACUGGGAUUACAAUAAAAACAGCAACUUUGUGUCCUGGAAAGAGACCCAUCCGGAUGCUUUCCCAAACCAAAUGACACCCAGUGACUCCACCCUGUGCCUGGUCGAUUCUGGUCAUGCCAUCAAUAUUGGCUGUGUGCCUGUCCUGCGGCCAGAGAGAGAUGUGGAUCUCAUCAUAACUCUGAGUUACUCAUGGGACCCGGGGCACAUCCUCAAGGUCCUAAGGAAGACAGCAGCUUACUGCAAAGACCAUGACAUGCCCUUUCCCAAUGCUGACUUUGACAGUCUGGAAAAGGAGCCUCAGAAGGAGAUCUACAUCUUCGAGGACAAGGAGAAUCCCAAGGCCCCGAUAGUGGUUCUUUUCCCACUUGUCAAUGUCACAUAUAAACACUUCAAACGUCCCGGUGUGAAGCGUGAGACUGAGGAAGAAAUAAAAGCUGGGGAGGUGGAUGUGAGCACCGGAGAGUCUCCGUACACCACCAAGAACAUGACCUACUCAGAAGAGGACUUUGAGGCUCUGGUGGAGUUGACAGCUUACAACAUCUUAAACAACAAGGAAGACAUCCUUGAAGUCUUGCGCAAGGUCGUGGAGAUGAAGGCAUCCAAGAAAUAA